AAUCCGCUUCCAGUAUCAUUGAGGAAACUUCCCGAUGAAAUAUUCGAAGUGGAGUUUACACCACGAACAGAAGGUGUUCAUAAUAUAUCAAUACUAGUAGGCGAUGAACACAUUCGAGGAAGUCCUAUAAUACUGUUAUUAUUAUUAUUGUUAAAAUAA